ACGCGUGCAGGUAGGCAGUAACCUGUAUCGCAGGUGCGCCAAUCAGGGCGUACAGGUUCGCGUCCAAUGGAGUACGUCCGAUCCUGUUUAUAUCGGGAGGACCCAGUUUCGGCGCGGCCAUCGUCAAGGAGGGAUGUUUUCGUUCGUUUUCCGUCACGAAGACGACGUCAUCGACUCGCGAGAGUGAACGGCGACGGUGCGCGGGUGUUGAUGGGUGUUGGUGGGGACGAAACGUCGCGGACAUGUCCUCGUCGAGGGGUAACGAGUGCUGCGGGGGGCGGCGGAAGCAGGCCAAGCCGCAACGUAAAGGUAAACAAAUUAAAUCGAACGUGAAAAUACAUCCCGAACAAUGCGUCCCGGACCGCCGACGCACGGCGGAGACCUCUAGCGGAGCGUGCGGACAUUGUGCGAUCGCGUGUCGCUUUAUGUCAGCUGAACUAAAUUUCUUGGAGCCUCGAGCGUCAACAGUCAAUAAUAUGAUCUCUACACCAGUACCAGUGCCUGCGAUCAGUCCAGACGACAACCACAACGAAAUACCCUCAAAACACAACGAAACCAGUGAGAUGACCGAAAUGUCACUAAGCAGUCCACCACGCAUCAAAAUCGAACCCUUUGAAAACGAUGAAAAUACUGACCAGGUGAAAGAAGAAUAUUCUGAAGGUGGCGACACAGCUGUACCAGAAGACGAAGCGGCCCCGACGUUGGUGAACGGCACGUCGUCGAUAAAAGAGGAGGAGCUCGGUGUCGCCGCCGCGACGGAAUACUUCAUCAAGUGUCCGCAAUGUCAGAAAGGAUGCCAAACGUUCCAGGCGUUGAAAGAGCACAUAGAGAUCGUCCAUUCCGAACUCGCGGUGUCCGCGGAAAACGGUCUGCCGCAUACCGGAGCUCCGGCGUCUCCGGUUCCGCCACUGGCUGGGCCCGGAGGACCCUACGGAUGCGCCCAGUGCAGUACUUCGUUUCCGGCCAAGGAACAAUUGGAGAAACACGAGCUCCUGCACUCACCUAACGCCCAAGUGUCGUGCAAGAUAUGCAACAAAACGUUCGCCAACGUCUACCGGCUGCAACGGCACAUGAUCAGCCACGACGAGAGCGCGGUGCUCCGAAAAUUCAAAUGCACCGAAUGCGAAAAAGCGUUCAAAUUCAAACAUCACCUCAAGGAACACAUCAGGAUACACAGCGGCGAGAAACCAUUCGAGUGCGGCAACUGCGGCAAACGUUUCUCCCACUCGGGCUCCUAUUCUAGUCACAUGACCUCGAAAAAAUGCCUAGUGAUGAACCUGAAACUCGGCCGGACCAGGCCGCAGCUGAACAACCCGCUAAUCGACAAGGGUGGCCGUCAAAGCCCCAAGGGCGCGAAACGUUCCGCCCCUAAUCCCAUCAUCGUCAACAACAACAACGCGAGUCCCAAUCACAACACGUAUCUACCCAUCUUGCCCAAGUAUUCGGAGGCGGCGGCCGCCGCCCUCUUCCAGUCUUCGUUAGCGGCGGGCGGGUCGUCGCUGUCCCCGUUUUACCUCAAUCCUCACGGACUGCUAAACGCUCCGCCCCACAUCAGUCCCUAUUCUGUACCGGCGCUCGGUCAUCUUCUCGAACAACUGCAGCACCAGCAGCAGCAAAGUCCGCUCCGUCCGAUGGCGGAGAACCUCGUCAAGGAGGAGCGGGAACCUCGGGAGAGCGAGCCGGAAAUACGCGUCGACCACGACGAGUCGUCGAAAUCGAACUCGUCCGACGGCGGCGACCUCGUCAUGGACGAAGACGCCGAUACUACGAACCCGAUCAAAACCGAACCGCCUCCGGCGAGCGGCGACCUGGAGGCGGUCAAAAGGAUCCUGGAGACGGUGAACGCGACGGUGACGAAGGAGCUGCUACACUCGAACGUGAACAAACCGGCGUCGGAAUGUUCGAGCAGGGUGUCCUCCCCUAAACAGGACCCGCACUGCAACGUCUGCAGCAAGGCGGACCUAGACGAGCACGAGUGCGAGGACGUGCGAAGCGAAGGACUCGCCGCCAAGCUAGAGGACGCGUUAACCGCGAAAUCGGACGAGACGACGCCCAACAGCGGCGCCGAAGACCAAGACUACGAACGGUCCGGCUACGGGGACGUCGACGGCGAAACUUAUACAACUACGGACCACGUGAACGAAGACGGCCGCAAGGUUCGCGUGCGAUCGUUAAUCUCGGACGAGCAGCUCAAAGUGCUGAAGGACAAUUACAAGAGUAACCCGCGACCGAAACGAGAGGACCUGGAGAAGAUCGCCGCCGGUAUAGGGUUCCCGGUGCGCGUCGUUCAAGUCUGGUUCCAAAACACCAGGGCGCGGGACAGACGGGAGGGCCGCUCGAUCCAGGUGUCGUACAGUCCGGUACCGCCUACGCCGUCGCGCUACGUCGUGCCUUCGCAGUACGUGUCGGAACAGCCCUUGGACUUAUCGGUCAAGCGGGACGUCCAGUCCAAGUCGAACGACUCGUCGCCGUCUUGUUCGCCAAGAGUCAAUCGGUCCGAUUGCGUCGACGAGGUGGUCAACCUCAGUCAGAAGUCGUCGCGGAGUCCCACCCCUUACUUGCCUUACCAGAACAACCCAUACCAUUGUUCGAAUUCGUCCGAGCCCAGGCAAUCGCCCUCGCCGUUGGACUUCAAUAGCAGUCGGCUGGCGCAGAUUCUGGCGCAGCCCGCUCACAAGUUCGGCAUGGGUCUCGUCCCUAUAGAUCACCUGAUGCAGUUCGGCACCCCCGACUUGCCCAGCCUGCAGCAGCUGAUCACCAGUCGGAUUUCGAGCUUAAGUCCCGGCUCGACCCACUCGAUGCACGAGUCCGCCCACGAGGACGAGCACGGCCCGAGCAAUAAGCGCGCCAAGGUGUCCUCCCAUCAGUUGGUGCUCAAAAGCAUGGGCAGUCCCGGGCUCAGCCAGGAUUCGGAGACGGAGGGUCAGUUUUCCUGCGACCAGUGUGAUAAGUCGUUCUCGAAGCAGAGCUCGCUGGCGAGACACAAGUAUGAGCAUUCGGGUCAGCGACCGCACAAAUGCAACGAGUGUCCGAAAGCUUUCAAACACAAGCAUCACCUCACAGAACACAAACGGCUGCACAGCGGCGAGAAACCAUUUCAGUGCACCAAAUGCCUGAAACGGUUCUCGCAUUCGGGCUCGUACAGCCAGCACAUGAACCACCGGUCCUCGUACUGUAAACCGUACCGAGAAUAGGACAGUGCCGACAGGGCUUUAGGUUAUGUAAAUACGUUUUAGGUUAUAGGUGUAGUACUUUUUACAAUGUUGUCGCUAUAUACUCGUAAAGUACGUACUAUCGCAUUGAUGGUCGGCUGGUUGGUUGCAAUUUUCGGAUAACAGCGAAAUUUCGAAAUAAAAGUCUUUCGCGGAGCUGUGAGACAUUUUUCAGUUCCUGCCAUAUUUUACCGCUAGAAAACCGAUAUGUUAUUUUGUGCAAUACCGAGAGCAACGACGAUCUUUUUUUUUUUUUUUUUUCGUUACGACCGAUUUUAUUUAGCUUAAAGUGUACAUACAUUGUUCUGGUACCUGUCCAAAUACUCACUAGUAUACAGGUGGUGGUGCCAGCUAGAAAUCCACUGUCUUCCACCACUGUAGUGGUGCAAAAGCAGGCGUGGGGCGUGAGCAAUGAUGAUUUUUUCGAUAUUUUUUUUAGUCUCCAGCAAAAAUAUUAAAAAAUUAAUUGGUAGGUUGAUAAAGGAUUCCAUCGAGUCUGCUUAAGUUGGCAUUUUCAUAUACUCUCGCGAUAGCGGCGUGAAGUGGAGCUGCCAACUUGAACGGGCUCGAAAAAUAGUAGCGGAAAUUUUCCAGAGAGAGAGAUACUCUUGUACAGUGUGAUUUAUUAAUGUAGAUACCGUUUCGGUUUCGGCGUACAUCGAAAUUCAUGACGUAGCUCUUAAGACGUUUAUUAAGCCUGCCUUUAAUUUUUAUAAAACAGUACAAUAAAAAGGGGCCCCCGAGCCGCAGCAUUUAAGGUGUUACAUGACAAUACGUAGUGCUGAUAGUCUCUCAACAAUGAAACGAAAUAUGGUGCCAAGUAUUACUAACGUUUCUCCGUAUUUUUUUACAUUUUCGAGCGAGUCUAUAGUUUUGAAGACGAUGAAGAAACAAAAUUAUAUAGGGACGAGUAUAUUUGAAUCAUUCCAAAUUGUGUACCUAACGUAUGAUUUUCCAGUGUGUGGUCUAACAUUUUAAAGGCCAAGGGUUAGUGAGGAUUUAGCUCAGGCGAUUGGUGGUGUACUUAUUGGGGCAGAUCUCUUGUUGGGCUCAGCCCUCGCCAGCGCUUGGACCGCGUAAGGUUUUCGACAAUAACAUAACCACUUGAAUAAAAACGAUAUAAUAUAUUUACUUACUUAGGACCGCUAAUGUUAAACCAAGAAAAAAGAGUAGCAUUUAUUAUACAAAAAAUUGAAAAACGUAUAAAAAUAUAUUAUAUUAUAUAUAUACGAUUUAUAUUAAACCCAUACAAAUUUUAAUAAAAAUGCUCUAUAAAACCAAACUGUCAAUAGGUAUAUUAUUGUGUAAAUAUUGUAUAUGUCGUCGACGAAUUCUCAUGUAAAGGGUUUUCUCAAUAUUUCUGUGUAAUCCAUCUCUCUAUCUCUCUAGUUAUUUAAAUAAAUAUAGAUUUAGCGUUAGCAUAUUUUUAUUUUUAUAUUUUUAUCUUUCCAUUAUAGUUAGUCGUUUUCUUUUUUUGUUGCAAUUGAAUGUUGUUGCGUGAUUAUUUUUUUGUUAACACUUUUGUAUUUUUCUUACUGGCUAGUGCCACCAAAGACCCUGUAAUAUAUUUAGCGAUACGUUUAACGAUUUUUAUUUUUGUUCGUCGUUUUUCUAUGUUUUAGUUUAUCAAACGAUUUUUUAGGCAUUUUUAUUAGGAAUAGUCGGAUUUGUAAAGAUGGUGAUUAUAGACGGGAGUAUAAUGUGUAAAUUCUAUUCGAACUGUUGGAAAAUGUA